CACUGUAGACUCCCUAGCUAGCUAUUGUAAGGACUAGCCAGUUUCUCUCCCCUUCCCUCCCUCUACUAGACUGGUGGCUUACAGGGUGCCUUGAAAUGGUUUGUCUUGCAUUUGAACCUUCGAUAAUUCACAAAAAGCAAUGAAUUUGCUUCGUAUAUUAUCAAUUAAAAUAUGCAAAAUUCGAAGCUUGUGCUAAGAAGUUUCCUUCUGGGAUGCAGCACCACCGCCAAGAAGAAGUCGUUUUCCUAUACCAUCUUCAGCAAUAAAAACAACCACCCUUUAUUUAGUUUGCUUUUGUUUCUACAUAAUUCUAAUGAAACCAGCUUUUUAGUGACCAAAAGGCGUGGUUUUUGUGGGUAUGCAGUAGAGCAGUUCUCUGAUGACGAGUACGAGUGUGAUUUUGAAAACCACAAGGCUUCGUCGUCUGUGGCCAAUGUUGAUGAGUGGAAAUGGAAGCUCAGCUUGCUAUUGCGCAGUGAAACAGACCAAGAGAUUGUUUCUAGAGAUAGAAAAGACAGGAGAGACUAUGAGCAGAUUUCAAAUCUUGCUGGAAGGAUGGGACUUUAUAGUGAACUAUAUGGAAAAGUGGUUGUUGCAAGCAAGGUUCCUCUACCUAACUACAGGCCUGAUUUGGAUGAUAAGCGGCCACAAAGGGAGGUGGUUAUCCCACUAAGUUUGCAAAGGAGGGUUGAGGGUUUACUUCAGGAGCAUCUUGAUAGAACUCAACUAAGUGCUGGAAAAGUUGGUGGUAAUGCAGAUGACGCGUCCAUCAAUCAGAUUGAAGAUACGAGUCCAGAUGAGAAUCCAGAUUCAUUUCUAGACCGCUCUGUGAUGGAAAGGGUUCUUCAGAGGAGGAGUUUGCGAAUGCGUAACAUGCAAAGAGCUUGGCGGGAAUCACUUGAGGGCAGAAAAAUGAUGGACUUUAGGAAAUCUCUACCUUCUUUCCAGGAAAAGGAGAAGUUACUCCAAGCAAUAGCAAGGAAUCAGGUCAUUGUAAUAUCUGGAGAGACUGGAUGUGGGAAAACCACUCAACUUCCUCAAUAUAUUCUGGAGUCAGAAAUAGAAUCUGGGCGUGGAGCAUUCUGUAGCAUAAUUUGCACUCAGCCUCGAAGAAUAUCUGCUAUGGCUGUUGCAGAUAGAGUGUCUGCGGAGAGAGGAGAGCCUCUUGGUGAAGCAGUUGGUUAUAAAGUCCGACUAGAGGGUGUGAAAGGAAGAAACACACAUCUGCUUUUUUGUACCAGUGGAAUUUUACUUCGACGCCUGUUAAGUGACCGCAACUUGAAUGGCAUAACCCAUGUUUUCGUCGAUGAAAUUCAUGAGCGAGGCAUGAAUGAAGACUUCCUAUUGAUUGUGCUCAAGGAUCUUCUUUCACGUCGUCGGGACUUGAGAUUGAUUUUAAUGAGUGCCACUUUGAAUGCGGAACUCUUUUCCAAUUAUUUUGGAGGAGCACCAACUAUUCAUAUUCCAGGCUUUACAUAUCCAGUGAGGGCACAUUUUUUAGAAGAUGUACUGGAAAUGACCGGAUAUAAGUUGACUUCUUUCAAUCAAAUUGAUGAUUAUGGCCAAGAGAAAAUGUGGAAAACACAGAGGCAACUGGCACCACGAAAAAGGAAAAACCAGAUCACUACUCUCGUUGAGGAUGCUCUUACUAAUUCAAGUUUUGACAAUUAUAGUUCCAGAGCACGUGACUCUCUGGCACGCUGGAUGCCUGAUUGCAUAGGAUUUAACCUUAUUGAAGCAGUUUUGUGCCAUAUAUGUCGGAAGGAACGACCAGGUGCUGUCUUAGUUUUCAUGACUGGCUGGGAGGAUAUUAGCUGUUUGAGGGAUCAACUUAAAGCACAUCCUCUCCUGGGUGAUCCUAACAGAAUUCUGCUUCUAACUUGCCAUGGUUCUAUGGCAACCUCAGAACAGAAACUGAUUUUUGAGAAACCUCCUCCUAAUGUACAUAAAAUAGUUCUUGCAACCAAUAUGGCAGAGGCAAGCAUUACAAUCAAUGAUGUAGUUUUUGUCAUUGAUUGUGGGAAGGCAAAAGAAACCACUUAUGAUGCUUUAAACAACACACCUUGUCUGCUACCUUCUUGGAUAUCAAAAGCAUCUGCUCGACAAAGAAGGGGUAGGGCUGGCCGAGUGCAGCCAGGCGAAUGUUACCACCUAUACCCAAGAUGUGUAUAUGAAGCCUUUGCUGAAUAUCAACUUCCUGAACUUUUGAGGACUCCCCUGAACUCUCUUUGCUUGCAAAUAAAGAGUUUGCAGGUUGGAAGCAUAGGAGAAUUCUUGUCAGCUGCUCUCCAGCCACCAAAACCAUUGGCUGUCCAAAAUGCGAUUGAUUUUCUGAAGAUGAUUGGUGCAUUAGAUGAGAAGGAGAAUCUGACAAAUCUUGGGAAGUAUUUGACAAUGCUUCCAGUAGAUCCCAAGCUGGGUAAAAUGUUAAUAAUGGGUGCCAUCUUUGGGUGCUUUGGUCCUAUAUUAACAAUAGUGUCCGGGCUCAGUGUCAGGGAUCCUUUCCUUCUGCCACAGGACAAAAAGGAUUUAGCUGGGGCAGCAAAGUCUAGAUUUUCUGCAAAAGACUACAGUGAUCAUAUGGCUCUUGUCCGUGCAUAUGAAGGAUGGAAAGAAGCUGAAAGAGAAGGAUCGGCAUAUGAGUAUUGCUGGAGAAAUUUCCUGUCUGCACAAACUUUGCAGGCCAUUCAUUCUCUAAGGAAGCAAUUUAACUUCAUUUUAAAAGAUGCUGGCUUAAUAGAAGAAGAUACAAACAACCACAACAAAUUAAGUCACAACCAAUCAUUGGUUCGUGCAAUUAUAUGCUCUGGCCUCUAUCCUGGAAUCGCGUCAGUAGUGCACAGAGAAACAUCCAUGUCUUUCAAAACAAUGGAUGAUGGCCAAGUUUCUCUAUAUGCUAAUUCUGUGAAUGCACGCUAUGAGACAAUUCCCUAUCCAUGGCUGGUCUUUGGUGAAAAAGUAAAGGUCAACUCAGUUUUCAUACGUGAUUCCACUGGUGUAUCUGAUUCCGUACUGAUCCUUUUUGGUGGUGCACUUGCUUGUGGAGCACAGGCUGGGCAUCUGAAAAUGUUGAAUGGAUACAUUGAUUUCUUCAUGGAUCAUAAUUUGGCAGAGUGCUUUUUAAAGCUUAAUGAAGAACUUGAUAAGCUUAUUCAGAAGAAGCUUCAAGAUCCUAAACUUGACAUUCUCAAGGAAGGAAAAUACCUCAUGCUUGCUGUUGAGGACCUGGUAUCAGGAGAUCAAUGUGAAGGAAAAUUUGUGUUUGGUCGUGAAAGCAGGAAGCCUAAGGUAACUAAUGAUAAUGACAGAUUUACAAAAGACGGAGCAAAUCCAAAAAGUUUGCUACAAACCCUACUGAUGAGAGCUGGACACUCCCCUCCAAAAUACAAGACAAAGCACCUUAAGACGAAUGAGUUUAGGGCACUGGUUGAAUUCAAGGGAAUGCAGUUUGUGGGGAAGCCCAAGAGAAACAAGCAACAAGCAGAGAGGGAUGCUGCUAUUGAAGCACUGGCCUGGUUAACCCAUACAUCCGACAAUAAUCAAAAUGAGCAUGACGACUCCCAACCUGAUGUCACUGAUAACAUGCUCAAACUUCUUGGGAAACGUCGUAGAUCAAAGCAGCGUCGCCCUGGUUGAUCUGGCUGUCCACUGUCCAUUGUUAUUCUUGGAAUUGCUGAAUUGGCUUAAACAAGACAUUGGGACAAGGACAUGGGCAAGACUUGAUCGUUGACCUUUUGACAGUCCGGGGGCCAGCAGCUUAGCUGGGGGUGAAACAAUGAAAGGAAGGGAUGCAUACAGGCUAUAUGGACAUGCUGAUUAGGAGAGCCAACCAUGAGCCUCUCGAUGCUUGGCCUGACAGCUGACGAAACAUGAUAAAUCCGUACAGACCAUCGAAGUCUCAUAUUCCCAUGGGAGCAGAGGAUCACGACCCCAAGCCAAUGCACAUGGUUAGUAAAGUUGAUGCGGGUAUGGACUGUGAAAUUGUAUACAAGAAAGAAAGGGAAAGAAAAUGUAGCCGAGCAAUCAAGACAGAGAAACAUUUGAACAGUCAUUCUUGAAUUUGGACGUAUUGAGCUUGAAGAUAAAAAAAAUUUCCCAUGUACCAGUAACAUUAAAGCAUGUUGUAGGUGGGGCCAGGGAGGUUGUGGGGUGGUUUUUCUCAUUAGAUUUUUAUUUUUUGAACCUGUAGCGGGUUAGAGGAAUGAACAGAUUUCGAUGAGAUUAUGUAGUUUCUAGCCAA